CGCAAAUGGUGCGCUAACUGUGCGUGUUACCUUACGUCCUCAACCAUAUAUGAAAAUUGGUUGAUAUUCCGGCGAAGAAUCCGUCGGAGGGGGCGCAGAGGCGGUGGAGAUGCGCCGUCACCGUCGUGAAGAACCGCCGGAGACGGUUCCGCAUGAUCGUGGAUCUCGCCAAGAAAUCCGAAGCCAAGACUAAGCUUCUCAAAAUCCAGGAACACCUAAAAACUCUUAUUUACGUUCAACAAGCAGCAAUCAGGUUUCUUGAUGGUGUUGGUCAAGGUGAUGAGCUCUCAAAAGAAGCUAGAGAGGCAGGGUUUAGAAUUCACCCAAAUCAACUCGCAUCUGUUGUUCGUAGUCAUGACACCAAGGGGUUGGAACUCUUUAAAGGAGUUGAGGGAGUUGCAAAAAAAGUGAAUGUCUCAUUGGAUGAAGGUGUCAAAUUAAGUGACAUACCUAUCAGGGAAAAGAUCUACGGCUUCAACAGAUAUACUGACCAGCCUUCUAGAGGCUUCUGGAUGUUUGUAUGGGAGGCACUGCAGGACAUUACCCUCAUAAUCCUUAUGGUCUGUGCUGUCGUGUCUAUAGUUGUAGGACUCGCUACUGAAGGGUGGCCAAAGGGCAUGUAUGAUGGGCUGGGAAUCAUUCUCAGUAUUUUUUUGGUAGUUAUGGUCACUGCAGUCAGUGACUACAAGCAAUCCUUGCAAUUUAAAGAUUUGGAUAAAGAAAAGAAAAAGAUUAUAGUUCAGGUCACUAGAGAUGGGUAUAGACAGAAAGUCUCCAUAUUCGACUUGGUUGUUGGAGAUGUCGUUCAUCUAUCCAUCGGGGACCAAGUUCCAGCUGAUGGGAUUUUCAUAUCAGGAUAUAGCUUGUUGAUCGAUGAGUCAAGUUUGUCUGGAGAGAGCGAGCCAGUAAAUAUACACAAAGAAAAACCUUUUCUUCUUGCAGGAACAAAAGUGCAAGAUGGGUCAGGUAAAAUGCUAGUGACUACUGUCGGUAUGAGAACAGAAUGGGGUAAGUUAAUGGAAACUCUGAGUGAGGGGGGAGAAGAUGAGACCCCACUUCAGGUGAAGCUGAAUGGUGUUGCCACAAUCAUUGGUAAGAUUGGUUUGGGUUUUGCUGUGUUGACAUUUGUGGUGUUGAUAGUAAGGUUUCUCGUGGAGAAAGCACUUCACAAUGAGUUCACACACUGGUCUUCCAGUGAUGCAUUAGCGCUUUUGGAUUAUUUCGCCAUUGCAGUAACUAUAAUUGUUGUCGCAGUUCCUGAAGGACUACCACUGGCAGUGACAUUGAGUCUUGCCUUUGCAAUGAAGAAGUUAAUGAACAACAGGGCACUUGUGAGGCAUCUUGCAGCAUGUGAAACAAUGGGUUCUGCUACUUGCAUUUGCACGGACAAGACAGGAACGUUAACGACAAACCGUAUGGUAGUUGAUAAGAUAUGGAUAUGUGGAGAAGCCAAAGAAAUAAAGGGUAGUGGAGGAAGAGAUAUAUUGAGUUCGGAUAUAUCAGAAAAUGUUAUAACCACCCUUUUGCAGGGUAUAUUUCAAAAUACAGGCUCUGAGGUGGUGAAGGGUAAAGAUGGAAAGAAUUCAAUUUUGGGCACGCCAACUGAAUCUGCAUUGUUAGAAUAUGGGUUGCUUCUAGAUGGUGAUUUUGAUGCUCAACGCCGGGAUUAUAAGAUGUUAAAGAUUGAGCCUUUCAAUUCUGUGAAGAAAACAAUGUCUGUCCUUGUGGCUCUCCCCGAUGGUGGCCUCCGAGCAUUUUGCAAAGGUGCAUCAGAGAUAAUCUUAAAAAUGUGUGACAAGAUUGUCAACAGCAGUGGAGAACCGGUUCAUAUGUCAGAAGAACAGACUAGGGAUGCCACAAAUGUCAUAAACAGUUUUGCCUCUGAAGCUUUGAGGACUCUCUGCCUGGCAUACAAGGAUAUUGAUGGUGAUUUCAAUGAAAAUAGUAGCAUCCCUGAUAGCGGCUAUACGCUGAUAGCAGUUGUUGGGAUUAAGGAUCCAGUUCGCCCAGGUGUCAAGGAGGCAGUUAGAACUUGUUUGGCAGCUGGAAUUACUGUUCGCAUGGUCACUGGUGAUAACAUCAACACAGCUAAAGCCAUUGCUAGAGAAUGUGGUAUACUCACUGAAGGUGGUUUAGCCAUAGAAGGACCAGAUUUUCGCAGCAAAUCUCCUGAGGAAUUGGAGCAUAUAAUACCCAGAAUUCAGGUAAUGGCUCGGUCCUUGCCUUUAGACAAGCACAAGCUGGUAACCCAUUUAAGGAAUAUGUUUGAAGUUGUUGCGGUAACUGGUGAUGGGACUAAUGAUGCUCCUGCUUUGCAUGAAGCAGACAUUGGUCUUGCUAUGGGAAUAGCAGGAACAGAGGUCGCAAAAGAAAACGCUGAUGUGAUCAUAUUGGAUGACAAUUUCAAAACCAUAGUAAAUGUGGCCAAAUGGGGACGCGCAGUAUAUAUCAACAUUCAAAAGUUUGUGCAGUUCCAGUUGACUGUCAAUGUCGUUGCUCUUGUGAUCAACUUCGUUUCUGCAUGCAUAUCAGGAUCUGCUCCUCUAACUGCCGUGCAGUUGCUUUGGGUGAACCUGAUCAUGGACACGCUAGGUGCAUUGGCACUGGCUACAGAACCACCAAGUGAUGGGCUUAUGAAUAGGCCUCCUGUUGGGAGGGGAGUGAGUUUUAUUACCAAUGCCAUGUGGAGAAACAUAAUCGGUCAGAGCAUUUAUCAAUUGGCUGUCCUUGGAACUUUCAAUUUUGAUGGGAAGAAUCUUUUGAGACUUGAAAGUUCAGAUGCUACUGAUGUUCUUAAUACUUUCAUAUUCAACACCUUUGUGUUUUGCCAGGUGUUUAAUGAGAU